AUGCCUCUCUGCGAGAGCGUCCUCGAUGUCACCCGACCGAGGAUCUUCACCAGGAAACACCUCAAAGGUCACAUCAACAAGGUCAACGACCUUCACUUCUCCGGCGAUUCCAGGCACGCGGUGUCGUGUUCGCUGGAUGGGAAGCUCAUCAUCUGGGACGUGUGGACGGGGAACAAGACGCAGGUCGUUCCACUCAAGUCGUCUUGGGUCAUGAGUGUCGCCUUCUCCUCCUCUGGCAACCUCGUCGGAAGCGGAGGGAUGGACAACCAGUGCACGAUCCACGACCUCAGCGAUCGAGACGGGUCGGGGUCGGCCAAGGUCGUCCGAGAGAUCACGGGAUUCGAUGGAUUCCUUUCCUGCGUCCGAUUCCUUCAAGACACCCAAGUCAUAACCGGAUCUGCCGAUACCAACAUUUCGACGUGGGACGUGAGAACGGGGGAAAAGGCAGGCGAGCACCGGGGCCAUACGGGCGACGUGGUGGGGCUGUCCCUGUCCCCCGACGGAAGGACCUUCAUCACGGGGAGCGUGGAUAAGACCGCCCGACUCUGGGACUUGCGAUCUUCAGGCAAUCCUCCGAUCCAAACCUUCCUCGGGCACGAAUCCGACGUGAACGCCGUCUUCUAUCACCCGAGUGGAUACAGUUUCGUGACGGCGAGCGAGGACAAGACUUGCAGGUUGUUCGACAUCCGGUCGGAUCAAGAAGUGGAGAAGUUCGGGGCUCCGACCCCCAACUCCACUUUCUCUUCGGUCGUCCUCUCCGCUUCGGGUCGUCUCCUCCUCGCGGGCUCGGACGAUUCCUCCAUUCACAUGUGGGACACCCUCAAGUCCAUCCAUGUCGGAAAUUUGGUCGGGCACGAGAAUCGCAUCACAUCGCUGAGCAUCGCCGAAAACGGAUAUGCCAUGGUGUCUGGGUCUUGGGAUACGAUCGUACGAGUCUGGGGUUAAUCAUUAUCGUCACUCUUCACUCGCCUGCAAGUCUUCUCUCCCCUUUCUCCCUUCUGAAGAAUUUGUAAUCGACCCUUCACGAUAUGCAUGCAUAAUGUGCAACCCACCAAUGAGUAGGAGUCAUGUGUAUGUCGUGAAACCCGAUCGUGAGACUGUGAAGACGGAUCUCGUUUACACGUUCGCUUCUUUCCAUUUAACUGGCUGAAAAGACUGGAAAUGAAAUGCCAAUAUUCUUUCCAAGCAAAAAUUCACACCAAGUAACUAGUCGGGAUGAAAUUUAUGUCGCGUGAAAACCCUCUAGUGUUUCGAUGUCUUCGCUCAGUUAUUUCCGUUAUUUUCUGUCACGAGGUCAUGCUUUCCAAUGAAUCAGCUCAUUUAUGGGAGUGGAAGAGUGUUUUUCG